CGUUUGGCUCAAGGUUACAUUAAAUGGAGCAUACGUACCUGUCCCAUUAGUAGAUCUGUCAAUGUAGCCGACCAAAAACUAAAUUUUGAUACAUUUGAAAUUAUAUUUUAUGAACAGCCCAACCCCAAAAGAUUACAAUUUUUAGCCUUAAAUCCUUUAGAACUCGAUAUUUCAUCGAUAGACAUGAACAUUACCAAGAAAGAGAAGCCGCUCACUAAUAAGCAACUCGAAGAAUUAGCAAACCUUAAAAAAAUUAUCAAUUACGCACAUAUCCUAAAUAAUGAACAAAAGUCCGUUUCUGAUGAUUUAGGGAUUGUACUUGUUCAGAUCAAUUCGUCUUAUUUUUUAGAAUAUGGUAUCAAUUUACUGGCAAGCAGCUACAAGCGUAAAAAUGCUGCAACAUACCCAACACUCGACCGUAUUUCCAAUUUUUUAAGCACAACGUUUAAUUACUUGGUACGCACCACCAUCACCAGCCCUAAAGGAUUCAUUGGUUAUUACACCAAGAAAAUUGUUGUUAGCGUAUCGCUAUCGAUUUUAUUUUUGAUUUUGGCUUUGGCAGAAGUCACACUUCAUGCAUUAAGUGUUCGACUGCCUAAAUUCAUACUUAACGGUGUUGCCUUUAAAGAUCUGUUUGCAGCUGGUCAGCAAGUAGAUUUGAGAUUACAGCAACUCUUUUUUUGGCCACGUCAGUAUAUGAUGCUUAGAAAACACAAUUGGGCGAACACAGCAAAAACAAGAGCUUAUUACAUCAGUUUUUAUAACAGCAUGUGGCUUGUUGCUAACGAUAUUAUCAUUGGGCUAGCAAUAGGAUCAUUUCUGAUGGCAAACAAUGCAGCCAUGGCAGACAAGUUACAUCGCAUUUUACAUAAAUAUACAGUCGAAUCGUUGCACUCGAUGAUGCUCUGGUUUUUAGAAUCACCAGCCGGUCUUAAACUUAAUCAUGAACUUGGAAGUUUUCUGAGCGAGCUUUUUCUUUGGCUUAUUCGACUUUGGACACUGUGUACGCAAACUGUCCAACCUUAUACACCUCAAAUUAUUCAUGCGAUUGGUUUAUCGGGGGUAUUUGGGGUAACCAUGAUUAUUUCACUAUCUUCUGAUUUUUUGGCUUUCAUGACCUUGCAUGUUUAUUGUUUUUAUAUGGUAGCAGCACGUAUCUUUAAUUGGCAAUUGGUGAUUCUGAACUCGUUGUUCAAUUUAUUUAGAGGCAAGAAACGAAACAUUCUUCGUAAUCGUAUCGAUUCUUGUGACUAUGAUUUGGAUCAAUUGCUACUAGGAACAAGUUUAUUUACCUUGCUGACCUUUCUGUUUCCGACGGUGUUGAUCUAUUAUUUGACGUUUGCUCUUGGAAGAGUCGGUGUCAUAUUCUUACAGGCAAUUAUGGAGACAAUUUUAGCUUUUUUUAAUCAUUUUCCGUUAUUUGCGAUCAUGCUGCGCUUAAAAGAUCCCCAUAGAUUGCCAGGUGGUCUAGAGUUUGAAAUAUUUGACCAUGAAAGUUUCUUGUUGAAACACCAUGGCAUCCUGUAUCGAAUUAAACAAUUUUUUUUGCGCUCUAAAUCCAAGCAAAAGAAGACUGGUCUAUCGAAAAAACCUUCAAAGAAAGCAUUCAGGAAACGAGCGGUCAGUUUUAGUAUCCCCACCUUAUCCAAAAAGAAGACGCCCGAGGUGCCCAUUAACUCUAGUAGAGGCGCGUAUUUAUGGAUGCGGAACAUGCCAAUUCCGUUAGGCGCUAUAUUUUUUCAGUACAUGCUGUUAUGGAAAAGAUUAAGCGCACAUUACUUUUCUGCAUAUGUAUUCAACUGUUUAUUGCAUGGCGAGCCAAUUAAACCUAUACCAAAACUACAGUACCCAAUGCUCCCAGAAACAAGGCCUAGUUUAUCGAUUUUAUGGCAGACACUAAAGUUAAAUUUACGGGACACGCGUUUAAAGAAAAACGAAUGAUAAUUGUAAAUAAUUAUAUAAAGAUGAAAUAUGUGAUACAAAGCGUUAUUAUGACUUGAUA